AAUUGUGCAAAAUGGAAAAAAAGUAGAGCUAAUGUUGUGGCAGAUAAUGAUUAUGUACCACCUCUUGGUGACGAAGGCAAACAUAAAUGUGGGACAAAGGCACUUGCUGUUAGGGUUGAUGAGGAAACAAAUAAUAAUGACGGUCAAGUUCCUGAAUUGGCAAAAAUCUUCAAAGAUGUUCAUUUCAAUCCAAAUACAAAUAUGUGGAUACACCAUGAGGAUGAAGCGACAUAUAUAUGUGAAAAUAUUUUCAAAGUGCAAGCGGAUCAUUGUCAAGAUCCUAAUGCAAUUCCCCUAACACAAGAGGAGAUCUCAAACUUGGUUUUUAAGAAAAAGUCUGGUAUUGUAAAAGUACUGAGCAUGAGACCUUCAUCUUCUCUAGUAACCACCGCCUCGUCUAAUUCCUUGGUGGAGUAUAUCCAACGGUUAGAAAAUGAGAUAAUUGAGCUCAAAGAGGCAAGAGCUAGGGACCAAGAGGAGCGAGUUAAGGACCAAGAGGAGCGAGCUAGGGACCAAGAGGCGCGAGCUAAGCAAGAAGAGGUCCAAAAGAAUAUUCUUAACUUUUUGAGGAGUAAGGGAUGCUCUUACCUAUGGGGGUGGUUCGACUUCAAGUUAAACCACUUUUUGAUUUCUUAUUGGUGGCUUUUAGGGGAUUUACUUUUGGCAUUACUUGAAGACAUAUGAGGACAUCUUCCGUUAGUUCUAAUUAUAUUAUACUGCCCUUUUUGUAUUGUUAUAAAACAUCUUGAGUUAUUGUAUGAAUCUUUUUUUAUAAAUGUGUUGUUGAAAUAAAUGUGUUAUUCAAA